UCUAAGCCUACUCUUCUAAGAUUUCGACAUCAACCUAGUAUCCCAUAAUAUCAACGCAGCCUAUGCAAUGAGUUCUAAAUGUUGUUAUCAGCAAUAAUGACCCCCCUUCACCACAGUUCAUAUCCCUAAUCUUCACUCUAAAUAGACGUCCGAUCAGAUCUUGAAAGUUCAGCAAAGUUUCAGUCUCACACACUGUUGAGUUGGCCAUCCAUUCCCGCGACGUAUCCUACGAUGGAACUUUCACAAACAGACGUUGUUUGUCGAUUUUGCACCGAGAUCGAUCUCGAAGGACUGCGUGUUUCUCAUACGACUAUCAGUGCCUUGCUAGCCUCUGCCAAAAAAGGAUGUCCCGGCUGCAAAUUCUUUCUGGAUGUUUACCAACGGGACCUCGACGAUAUAUGCAGUAACAAUGAAAUCACGCCUCCGUUCCAGGCUGCAGAACAUCUCAGCUCGCACGCCAAACUGUUUCCAGAAGAAGAGAUCUCAAUCAAACGAAUGAAGAAGAAUGAAGUGAUGAUGGAUUUUCCUACCAUUGUUGUUCAGGACCAGUACUACCUUCCUUCCUGGUUGGAGUUUGGACUGAGCAGUACUCUCGAUUCUCACCCUAUUCGAAUCGAUGGAGAGAUCGAGACAAACAACCGUCAGGGUGAAGAACUUGUGAGGCCCAUAUCCUCGCACUCGGGAGAUGAUGCGUGCCUCGAUUUGGCAAAGUCAUGGCUCGAACAGUGCACACACCAACACGGUGGGUUAUGCGCUUCACUCGCUGACUCUCCACUGCCUACAAGACUUAUAUAUAUCCCAAGGGCUGUAUCUGAAUCCUUACGUCUAUGUAAUACAGAGGAAAGCAAGGGAUCUUACGUGGCAUUAAGUUACUGUUGGGGCCAAGGCAAUACCUUUCAAACCACAAGAUCGACACUUAAGGAGAGGCUCGCGGGAUUUAACAUCGAGUUAUUGCCUAGGACGCUCCGUGAUGCUGUCUAUAUUGCUCGAUUUAUGGGCUUUGAGUGGAUAUGGAUUGAUGCCCUCUGCAUUAUACAAGGAGACGCCGAAGACUGGGGUCGUCAUUCUGCUCUUAUGGGUGCGGUCUAUGGAAAUGCAGCCUUCACCAUAUCAGCUAAUAAUGCGGCUGACGCUGGACAUGGAAUAUUCGGUCCUCGGAAAAUACUGUCCUGUAGCAUUUUCGGAGAACGACACGAUCGUUGCCUGUGGACUACAGGACGAUCCUUCAAUACCAUAAUGUCACUGCCACUUCACACACGUGGUUGGGCAUUCCAAGAGCGAAUGUUGUCUCCGCGUACUCUCCAUAUCUUGGGAGAUCAAAUCGCAUGGGAGUGCAGCACAGACAUCUACCGAGAAGGUCUCCACAAAAGCGUGCCGUACUGGGAACGCGACUCCAAGAGACACCAAUAUGCAGAUAUGUUGAAAGACAUAACAAAGUCAUACAAUAACAGUCCUUCGGGUUUAAACAAGCGGAUCAGAAUGUGGAACAACAUAGUAGAGGAACUCUCCAACCGAAAUUUCACAUUCGAAAGCGAUAGACUGUCUAGUAUCUCUAGUAUUGCUUCGAGCCUAGAAGUCCCAGAGUUAGGUCACUAUCUGGCCGGUGUAUGGGAACAUGACCCGUUCAUGUCCAUGUGUUGGAUCCCAAGUACCAACUCAUCCUGGAACCAAACCCAUGCGACGCCGUCGUGGAGCUGGGCCUGGGUAAGUGAUCGAUUAGACAUGCCUCUCAGCCCGAAUUCGAGGGGCAGUCCAGAUUUCACCGAUUCGAUUGAUUGGAAUGCUGAAUUUGGCCCUAUACUACUGGACUUCCACGUGACACCUCGAGGACCAGAUCCCAAAGGCCAAGUGAUGGAUGGAAGCUACCUUGUCAUAGAUGGAAGUUGUCAAACGAUACGUGUCAAAGAGCUCUAUGACCCUUCACGAUCGUAUGGCGGCCCGGAUACUACCUUGAUAUACAUCGAUGGGAAUAAAAUGGUCGACGAGGACAAGGAUCUGGUUGUUUGUUUUGAUGGUGAUCCUGGCAACGAUUCUGAGCUGAACGAUAAAGACGCCUGGAGUACAUACUUGUGCGUGCAGAUGAAGAGAGAGAGCGAGUGUGACUCAUGGGUUUAUGCUUUAGUACUGCGACGUAUUGAUGGUAUGGAAGAAGCGUAUACACGAGCGGGACUGUGCGAGUUCAAAUCUUACAUUCAUGAUAGUGGAUGGGAGAGGAAAGUGCUGAAACUGUACUGAAAAGUGCUGUGCAAAUAUAGACUCUACACAUCAAGGCCGCAUUAAGCAUGAUCUGAUGCUAUCAAGUCUUAGCGGCAUCAACCUUGCCGUUGACUUUUUCAACUCUCAAUCAACGACCCGUUGAGUAUAUUUCAGGUCUUCACGGAUUUUCAGGUACACCCCUCGCCCGUGAUUCGGCCACCUUCCAUAUGAGACACUGAUUCGCAUGCGUGCUGAGUGUGAUCUCAGUGCUGAUGAUUGCAAAAACCGUCUGAUGCUGAUUUGCUGGAUAGGUAAGUUGAGCUGAGAGCUCAGAGUGGAAAGUAGUUGAUGGAAGGGAUCGGCAAUGCAGGGUCUCCGAACCUCCGUUUAUGACGGAGUUGGAUGUUCACUACUUACAAUGUUUCGAAACUCAAGCUGUUUGAGCUAAUAAAAGCAUGUCUGACG